GGGUUCUGGGUGACUGCCGUAGACCUGCUCAUUUUCGUUUGACGAGGCUCAAGUUGCUACGCGUUUUUGCACUCUUCGUAUCCAUCGUCCUCCCUCCCUCUGCUUGUCAAAAUACUGCUACUCAGUUCAAUACCACUCUUCGAUAUAUCCCUACCCCGAGACACAUUUCUUCCCCUGAACUGUUUACAGCGAGAUCAUGAUGGCGUUCAACAUCCCGAUGGCGGUCCUGACGGAUUCGUACAAGACGACUCACCCAUUCAUCUACCCAAAGGCACAGAAGAUGGUCGCGUACGCAGAGAUGCGUCAGGCCUAUGACAAAGACCCUCAUGACAACCGUAUCGUCUUUUAUGGCAUCCGUUUUAUCAUUGAAAACUAUGUGUCCAAGAAAUGGACGAUGCAGGAUAUUGAGCAGGCGGAGGUGUUUUUUGCGACCCACAACGCUGGGUUCAUGCCCUUCCCAUUCCCAAAGGACUUGUUUGUCAAGAUUGUGAAGGAGCACGAUGGAUACUUCCCUGUGAAGAUCGAGGCGCUCCCCGAUGGGACCGCAUGCCAUACACAUGUGCCUACGUACCAGAUCACAGCCGAGGGGGAUAUGAGCCGACUAGUUACUUUUCUGGAGACGUUGUUGACCAUGAUCUGGUACCCAACCACGGUGGCGACACUGUCGAGACGCUCCAGGGACUUGAUUCAGGCCGCUUAUGACAAGAGUGUGGAUGCGGAUAGCUUCUGGUCAUUGGAGAGCCGAUUGCAUGACUUUGGGUUCCGUGCGUGCACGAAUGUUGAACAGUCUGUCAUCGGGGGUACUGCCCACCUUCUCAAUUUCACGGGAACGGACACGUUGAGCGCCGCUUAUUAUGCACAGUUCCAGCUGAACAAGGGCGAGCCCGUCGCGAGCUCGAUUCCGGCGAGUGAGCAUUCGGUGAUGAUGGCCUUCCGCACGGAGAAAGAAGCAAUGGAGGCGAUGAUCGAGCACUUUGGCGAGGGCGUGUUUGCGUGUGUGAUGGAUUCGUAUGAUUACCAAAGGGCCCUGGAUUCUGUCCUGCCGGCGGUUGCGAGUUUCAAGCUGGAGAAGGGCGGAUUUUUGGUGCUUCGACCGGACAGUGGAGAUAUUAUCGAGUCCGUACUGCAGGGGUUGCGCGCUGCUGAGAAGGUAUUUGGGGUUGACGUGAACCAGAAGGGCUACAAGGUAAUCCGCGGAUGCGGUGUGAUCCAGGGCGAUGGAGUGACUUUCAAGUCACUGAGUCAGAUCCUGGAUGCAGUGCUGGCGGAGGGUUUUGCGGCCCAGAACUGUGCCUUUGGCAUGGGCGGUGGGUUGCUUCAGAAGUUGAACCGCGAUACGUUGUCGUUCGCGACUAAGUUGAGUCAUAUCGUCUACGCGGACGGUACCAGGAGGGAUAUCAUGAAGCAUCCAAAGACGGAUUCUGAAAAGACCAGUUUGCCGGGUAUCUUCGAUGUCAUCCGAAACGACCAGGGUAUCCCGAUGGUCUACCCUCGCGCUGAGGAUGGAAUACCGCACAAGGAUAACCUGUUGCAGGUGGUUUAUGAUCACGGCAAAGUGCCUCUGGCUGCGACGGGAACAACGUCUUCGCUGUUUGCACCAUCUGUGACUCCAUCUAUGGCCACCGAAGAGGAUCGUAUUCUGUCGUCCGCAGGUUCAUUGCAUGCGUGGCCAGUGUUUAGCGAGCUCAAGGGUCGUGUUCAAAAGGAGUGGGAGAAUUUGCCGAAGGUGUUUGACCCGAUCAGCAAGGAGUUGCGCGAGAAAAUCAAGGUUGUGUUGGCAGCUGGCGAACCCUGAGUGCGAGAGCAAGACAACGGUAUCUGUGGGAAUAGAGGUCAUAUCAGGAGGAAGAGAGAAGGGAUUGAUACGUGGGCAUUUUCACAAGUUGAAUCAUUGAAAUAAAAGACAUCAGGCAGAAGGCAGUUUUUGCUCUCGGAUGUAG